AUGCCGGAUGAUGGAUACCGAUACGAGCUUUUCGAGGGACACCUCGUCAAAAUGACUCCCGCCGGAUAUACGCACGACCUCUACGAUAUGCGAGUUGGGUCAAGGCUAGCUGUACACGUCGGCCAACACGGCUUGGGCCAAGUGACGACGGCAGAGACCGGGUCUCGCUCGGCGACUGAUCCGGACACCGAGCGGACCCCCGACGCGGCCUUUGUGUCUCAAGCACGAAUCGAUGCAGCCGGAGAAGAGCAAGGUUACUGGACCGCCGCCCCGGACUUGGCCGUUGAAGUAGCAUCGCCGAACGAUACGUAUACGGCGGUGGCCAGCAAGGCGAUGGACUGGCUCGAUUCCGGCUCAAGGGCUGUCAUGGUCGUGGACCCGCGUCGGGAAUCCGUCACCGUGUCCGGUUCGAGAUCGGAUAUUGUCAUUUUGACGGGUGAUGAAGUCCUUGAAAUUCAGGACGCGGUCCCAGGCUGGACUCUGCCUCUGCGCGAGUUGUUUGGGUAG